AUGUUGCUUUCGGGGUCCAUAUACACUGAUGUGUGGAGGAACUACAAUCACGGUGAUGGGUCGACGCUGAUUCUGAUAGUCACUCCCGAAGUUGGCGCCUUCCUCACGGCUUUGAUCGCCCUGUUUGUGAGCCUCUCUCUUGGCCACCUGUGGUCCAUACUCGCCUUCAUCAUGCAUCAGGCUUGUUCGAGGCCGGUACCGCGCUCCGGCCUGUACCACCAGCAGCGGCAGGUCCUACUCCGGAACGCGACGACGGCAGGGUCGGUGGCGUGGAUGUCGAUCAAGCUGGCGUGGGUGUGGCGGGGCAAGUCCCCCGGGGUCUUGGGCGGGUCCGCGGCCAUGGUGUCGGUGGCCCUCGGCUUCGUGGCCCUCCUCGCGGCCUCGUCUCUGCUCUCGUCGCAGAUCCAGCUCGUCGGCGGCGACGUGCUCUUCUCCGGGCGGGAGUGCGGCUGGUGCAACUCCUCGGCCGUCCUGCAGGCCUCGGCCGCGCACGCGGAUUUCCAAAGUUGGCUUUUUGAUCGCGCCGAACAGUUCAGCAAUAACGAGUGUUACAACCCCGAGGCCGUGGAUGGGCUGGAGCCGAGCGCCUGCGCCGAUUUCCCCACCCCGAGGAUACCCGUCCGCACCUCGUUUGUUCCCUGUCCGUUCAGUCGGACCAUUUGCGCCCAGCAGGAGGCGAUGCAGCUGGACACUGAGCUCAUCGACUCGGACAGACACCUGAGAAUAAACAGUCCGCCCCAGGAUAGGGCGUUUUUCCGCAAGAACGCAAUGCCGCCUGGCGGUCCGGAUCCGCUCGUGAAGUCUCCGCCUUUCGAAAGCUUCUACAAAGCCUUCUUUCUCGGGAGUGCCGGCUAUAGCUACACAUGGGUGGCAGGAAACCGGACGCAAUAUAUUCCUCUAGACCUCAGCUCGGUGGACAUCCCCUACUAUCUACAGUACAAGAACCCAGUGCAGGACCCCUGGUUCCGCGCCACCAAGUCGAUGGAUCAGACCGGCGCAGGCCGCCCAGAGGAGAAAUGCUACACGUCCGGCCAGAACCUAGACAUAUCCGACCAGAGAUACUACGAGAGAUUCUACUACAUGUCGGACCAGACAUCGGCCACCAUUGCCUGCACCGAGCAGUACCAGGUCUGCAACACGACAGCCUGCUCCCGCCUCCGCGGCCUCUCCACCUCCCCGUUCGACUACCCGAGCUGGGGCGUGGAGCUGAACGACCGGCAGGUCGCUGCCCUGGCCCUCCUGCACGACGUCGGGUACGGCAGCCUGGGCGACCUCGUCACCAAGAAGCCGCGGCUGCUGCGCGCGUACCGCCACCUCUCGCAGGGCGACACGUACUCGCGCAUGGGCGUGCCCAGCUACCCGUCCAAUGGCCUCCCGCCCGCCCACUGGCGGCUCGAGGUGUCCAACAUGCUCCACAGCCCCUCGCCCGCCCUACAGCUGCUGGCCGCCGCGCUCGCCGCCCCGCCCAACAUCCCCAUGUCCUGGCGCGACGGCGGCAGGAACCGCACGGGGAGCCUGCGCGACUAA